AUGAAGCAGCAUGAGGCUGGGGCUGUUGGGGGAGAGCCCGAGAAGGACUCUUGGGAGAAAUGGACUGAGGAGACGAAGGCGGCUAUCGAGUUCGAAGAGGAUCCGCACAGGGCGGCACUUUUCGAUAACCCACGACUUGUGUACGUUGGAAAGAAGACAUGGGCAGCAAUGAUUGCCCUUGCAAUUUCCCUUGGAGCGCCUCUUGGGCUAACAUUCGUGGCAUUGAACUCGAUUCUGGUCGUGGUCACUGAGGAAGUCGGCGGCCAGAACUUGAUCCCUUGGGUUGUCGGCGCGUGGUCCGUUGCCAGCGCGUCGGCAGCUGGAGUGGGAGGAUACCUGAGCGAUAUAUUCGGCAGGCGCAAUAUCAUUCUUGUCGGGAAUCUUCUCGUCUUUAUUGGAUGCAUACUGGGGGCCACUGCUCGCAGUAUCGAAAUCAUCAUCACUGCUCAGGCACUAAUUGGCAUGGGCGCCGGGUUUCUCUUCGACGCCUUCGCUGCAGCAACUGAGAUGCUACCGAACAAAUGGCGAGCGCUGGCAGUUGGCAUAGUGGAGGCGGGCAUCAACGUUCCUUGGGCAACCAUUUCUGGAGUUCUCGCAAAUGCAGUCGCCCGAUACGCUAGCUGGAGAUGGGUGUACUACAUCGCGAUUCUGUGGAGUUUUCUCGCGUUCAAGGCUACAGCGCUUUUGUACUGGCCUGUUUCAAGACCAAGGGGUGACUUCCACAAGACUCGUCGGCAGCAAUUCAAAGAGCUGGACUAUAUUGGUCUGCUCUCCAUUACUGCUGGGCUCGUGAUUCUUGUCAGCGGCCUCACUUUAGGCGGAGAGACCUUCCCUUGGAAUCAUCCUUUUACCGUUGCGCCUCUCGCUGUCGGCCCUGCCACCCUGAUUUUAGGUGUCAUCUACGAUUGGACGCUGGCGGCCAACCCGAUGAUCCCACUUAAUCUCUUCAAGCCUAAGAUGUUUCGCCGUUAUGUCGCCAUCCUCGUCGUUCUAUUCAUGAGCGGAAUGAACUUUCACGCCAUGAGCACUUUGCUCCCUCAAGGCUCUCUGCUCAUGUUCACUACAGACGGGAUGGAAAUAGGAGUCAUGUCACUUCCAAAUACAGUGACUCAGCUCCUUGUUGGUGUCGUCUUUCCUAUCAUCUCCCACAGGAUUCCGGAAUACGUGCCACGCUGCACAAUCAAGUGGCAAAUGGUGGUAGCGAUGGCGAUGCAGGUUGUGUUCCUCGCACUUUCAGCGGCGUCCGUUGACCCGAACAAUUACUACGCCUACAUACUUCUGACUGGCCUCGGAGUGCCAAUGUUCACGUGGGUCACGGUCCUAUCGUACGCGAUUGCUGGUAUGCAUGUUCCUCACUCCCAACUCGGCACAGCGCUUGGAUUCCUAGGGACGUUCCGAUCAACCGGUGGAGCAGUCGGGAAUGCAGUUUUCCGUUAUAUCUUUCAAACCACGUCUGAACGUGUGACUGCCCAGAGGCUCCGACCUGUCUGCGAGAGACUCGGCGCGUGCCCGACUGAUGCUGCAUUCAACAAACUACUCGCCGAUGCUGUGGCCUACAAUGUCGGGACCCCGGACAAACUCACAGACUUGAGCCCACAAGUACGGAGUGCUCUAAGGCAAGCGCUACGUGGCGCUUACGGCUACAGUUUUAGGAUCCUCUUCUGCGCAACCAUUCCAUUCGGUGUCAUCGCUUUACUCUGUGCGCUUUGCAUCGACGACCCCCAUGCCUUCAUGAACAACCAUGUCCAGUUUAGGAUGUACGAGCGUGGAGGGCUCGGAUUUCGCAAAAAGGACAGUCCUGCACCAACCGGUGCGACGGUCCUGUUUCCGGGACGGAAGAAGCCUUUCGAUGGGAAAGAUGGAGAUCUGGAACUAAUGAGGGUGCCAUCGCAAAGCUCACAUGCACACCUGAAUGCAGAGACGAAGAGCCUCUGA